GAGCCAGGUGGGUUCAUUUGAACGUCAUGUGUACCGUAACUAAAGGCUAAGGAAGAGCUGCCAGGAUGAGAGCAUCAGAAGUUUCUGUGCUGGUCUUAUAUUGAUGAAGUCAUGCUGAAAUAGAAAUCAAGAGUUGGAGAAGAGUUAUUUGCAGACUGAAUUCCUCUACAGUGGUAAGAAAACUGACAGAAUAUAUCAAUUACACUUCUGAAGCUGAACUGAGGAUUUCCAAUGAAAUGUUUAUGAAAAGAUUUAUCAAGAAAUACCCUUUCUGUACUGGAUAAAGUGGAACUGGCGAUCAAGUAGAAAGACAGAAUGAGCAGCAAUGAGUCAGAUGUGGAAUUAGAUGAAUUGUUCAGGAAAACAAUGGUAGAGAAAGCAUCUAGUAACUUAGCUGAGGUCCAGUUAAGACCCGCUAAAAAUUCUAAAAAGAGCAGAAGUGAUAGAUCUACUAAGAAAGGUACUGACUCAGAAAGAGAAAUGAAGAACUUAAAAUCUUCACAAGAAAAACUAAGAAAAAAGGUUGGUCAGCAUAUGUCACUAAGGGGCAACAAAACUGAAACCCAGAAAAUUCAUUCACCUGACCCAGAGAUUCAUUUGUUGAGCCCUGGAACUAGCAUAUCUAAGCUCAGUAACAAGUACAGAAAUGUACAGAAAUCAGGGGAUGUGCCCAGCAAAGAAAGAGUAAAGAGGAAACAGUCAUCCUCUAGGGUACCUCGGGUAACAGAGCGAAACAGAAGAGGAAGUUCUGAGGAAAGUGAUUUAGAAACUUCUCCUCUUCAUCAUAAAUCAUUGUGUGUGCCAGGAGAUGACAAAAUGCAAGUUUCAGUCAUGGACUUUUCAGAGUUCAGGUCAUCAGACAGUGUUCAAAGUGGACCCAUAAAAGGGAAGCAGAAGACAAAAAAAUUGAAACAUAAAUCUCCUGAAAAGUCCAGUGGAACACAUGUAGAAAGUCCUGUUAAAACAAAACACACAGAAACCAAGGACAAACCUAGUGGCUCCCCUACCUCAGUGCAGGAUAAUAAGACCAGUGCCUUGAUGGUCAAGAAAAGCUCAAAUGGUGCAUCUCCUUACAAAGCGUCCACUUCAUCAACCUUGGCAGUAAACUUAGACAGUGACAGCAGCUCUGAGGAGGAUACAGGGAUUAGUAAAACAUUUCAUGCAGAACUGAUGAGAAAGCAAAUCCCCUUGCGUAGAACAGAAAAGCAGAGCAUUAGUGUUUCUAAGUCAUCUCCCAAACCACCAACACCUUCCCAAGAUACAGACAUUUAUCAGUUCAAUGGAUCUGGCAGUGACAGCAGUUCUGAGGAGGAUAUUGGCAUAAGUAAGACAUUUGAAGCAGAAAUGUUGAGAAGGCAGCAGGAACAGGCGCCCUCUAGAACGGGAAAUCAUGAAAAUGUGGAAGUGGACGAAGGUUUUAACAUUGAUCAUCAAGGAUGCCUGUGGUAUGAAGAGGAUUCCUCCGAGAAAACGGACUUGUGGUUAGUUCGUGCACCAGCUGGGCUUGACCUAAACAACAUGAAAGGGAAAGCUCUGCUUCUCCAAGGUGUUCAGUCACUAGGACCAUCAGAAUUGGGGAACAACUCAUUUGAAGUACAAGCAUCAAAAGAAAGAACUAAUGAAAUGAUCAACGUUCAACCAGUCGUAUCCAAUAGUAAGAAGAUGGUUGCAGUUUCAGAAAUCCGUGGGCUUCUCAGCAUUGUCCAGUCAGUGGCAGUCCCUCCAGUCUUAAUUCCAGCGGCAAUAGUUCCUGCACCUAAACCACUACCAGAAGGAUUGAAAGCUAGAUUUCAACCUUUAGGGUCAGGGUCUCCCGUAAGGAACAGUGGCUCACAACACAGCAAGAAGAAGAAAAAGAAGCACAAAAGACAUUUGUCUGAAUCUCCCAUGGUCCAUCAGACUGAGGUCAUAGUUGAUGAAUCCUCAGUGGAGGAUGACCCUCAUGAAGCAAUAGAUGUUCGCAAGAGAAAAAAAGAAAGAGAUUGUUAUACUGAUGUGGAGGAUUACCAAUCUGUUACUAAAAGGAGGAAAAAAAAGCAUAGUCGAGAUAAAUAUGAUUAUUACACAGAUGUGGAUGAUGUUACUAAAAGGAAAAAGAAACAGCAUAGUGGACAUCAGUCUGGUUAUUACACAGAUGUGAAUGAUAGCCGGCCUGUUACUAAAAGGAAAAGAAAGAAGCAGAUCAGAGAUCAGUCUGAUUAUUAUACAGAUGUGGAUGAUGAACCAUCUGUUUUUGGAAGGAAAAAAACAAAGCACAGUCAAGAUCAGUCUGAAUCUUCGGCAACCCGUUAUUCAGAGGUCCUAGCUGAUGACCAUCAUGAACCAUCAGGUGCCCACAAAAAGAAAAAGAAAAAGAAGAAGCACAAAGAACAUUCUUAUUAGUGUAACAAGAUUGUGUCAGGUCACUACAUCAGUCCGUGUAGUUGAUUAGUUUUGAGAUCAUUGUUGGGCUGACCUGCUGCCACAUGUACCUAUGGUUCAAGGUUGAUUGUCUGAUGUAGGAACUACUGACAAUAUCAUUAAAAACUCCUAAGUUCACUUUUCCUGGUGGGAACUAAUUUUACUGGCAUAAGAAUGAGACCAGAAAUUUAAAGUGAUUUAAUCAAACCCAGAGAAGCUCUGGUUGAUGCCAAAUCCUUCUAGGAUCAAUAUGAAGUGCCAGAAGGACCUCUCUUGAACUAGAUGUUUCUUUUCACUUGUAAUUCUAAGUACUAAAGAUGAUUUCAUCCAGAAGUUGCAUGGUUGAAUCCAUUUGGUUAAUGUUAAAGUGGUGUUGUACAAACACGAUGGACCAAUUACUUACAUUCAGAAGUAUAUUCUACGGGGUAUGGAGAAACACUUGUCGUUUUGAAGUCAAUACUACGUAAAUUUACGUACAUUCUUAAUCACCUGCAAUGUGUGGUUGUGAAGGGUUAAAAAUGUGUUUUUUUAUAAAAUUAUGAACUUUUAACAGGUAAGUUACUACAUUAUACCCACCUAUGAUUUAAAUGUUUUCACACUUGUCUGAAACAUUAUUCAAGUUAAUUUUUUUUUUUUUCAUUGUAAAAAAGCAUUAUCAGCAUUAAAUAUCUAACCACCGUUGUGU